AUGCAGCUUCGCUACUUUAAGUCUAUUCUGCCUCCGGCGGAAACCUAUCAGAAGAUCACGUCGUUGACCUGGGCUCCCAACAACUCUCGGCUAGCAGCUGUGUCUACGGAUAAAGUAGUGUACCUUUUCGACGAAAAUGGAGAAAAACGAGAUAAGUUCAAGACUAAGCCAGCGGAGGCUAGCAAUCCGAACACUUAUAUUGUCCGGGCUAUGGCAUUCUCCCCGGACUCUACGAAGCUGGCGAUUGCGCAGAGCGAUAAUAUUGUCUUCAUUUACAGGCUUGUCGACCCCGAUACGGGCGCGGACAAGAAGAGCAUAUGCAACAAAUUUCCACAGGCUUGCGCAGUGACUAGCUUGGUGUGGCCCAAGGACCGGCCAAACGAGGUGGUGUUUGGCCUCGCCGAUGGGAAGGUCCGCCUGGGGAUGCUGAAAAACAACAAGUCCUACACAUGCUACGCGCACCCAGAAAACUCCUAUGUAGUGGCCCUCGCGUCCAGCUUGAACGGUCAGAACGUCAUCUCUGGGCACAUGGAUGGCGCCGUGUGGAAGUUCAACUUUCCCGCAGAGGAGGGGGGCACACCCACCAGCUCGCAACUCGUUGUGCAUUCAUGCGUGCCGUAUUCUCUGGGCUGGGGCAGCUGCAUUGCCGCAGCUGGUAAUGACAACCGCGUCGUAUUUUAUGACCUUAAUGGACGUGAGAUUCGGUCUUUCGACUACGGCAAUGAUGACAAUGUGCGCGAAUUCACCACGUGCGCAUUCAACCCAAGUGGUGAUACGGUUGUGUUUGGGACCUACAACCGCUUCUACAUGUACACCUUCAACAUUCAGCGAAACGAUUGGGAGGAAGUGGGCCACAAGCACAUUGAAAACUUCUACGCAGUCAGCGCUGCGUCAUGGAAGCCCGACGGCUCCAAGCUGACGGUGGGUUCCAUGACCGGCGCCGUGGACAUGUACGAUGCCUGCGUGAAGCGACACAUGUACAAGGGCAAGUUUGAGUUCACGUACGUAAGCAAGAGCGCCGUCAUUGUCAAGACGCUCAAAACGGGCAUGCGUAUCGUGCUCAAGUCGGUGUACGGCUACGAGAUUGAGAAAAUCAACAUCUACCAUGACAGGUAUCUGGUAGCCCGCACGUCUUAUACGCUGCUGAUGGGCGAUUUGGAGUCGUGCAAGCUGAGUGAGAUCCCCUGGGAGAGCAACAAUACGGAGAAAUUUCACUUUGAGAACGAGCGUGUGUGCAUGGUGCACUACGCGGGCGAGCUGCACAUAAUCGAGUACGGUCGUAACGAUGUACUGGGCACAUGCCGCACGGAGCACAUGAACCCGUACCUCAUCUCGGCGGUGGUGCAGGAGGCGCGCGGGGUGGCGCCCGAGUCUAAGAAGCUGGCGUACCUGAUUGACCUGCAGACAGUGCGGAUUCAGGAUCUCAUGGGGCCAGUGGGAUCCACCCUGGCUACUGUCAACCACGACACCAAGGUGGACUGGCUGGAGCUGAACCAGCGUGGCACGCACUUGCUGUUCCGCGACAAGAAGCGCCACCUGCACCUCUUUAACAUUGCCUCUCAGGAGCGCACCACGUUGCUGAACUACUGCCAGUACGUGCAAUGGGUCCCCGCCUCCGACGUGAUCGUGGCGCAGUCGCGCAACAACUUGUGCGUCUGGUACUCGAUCAAUAAACCCGACAACGUGACUAUGUUCCCCAUCAAGGGCGAGGUUAUUGACAUUGAGCGCCAUAACCACCGCACCGAGGUUAUUGUGGAUGAGGGCAUUAACACCGUUUCCUAUGCGCUUGACGAGGCACUCAUCUACUUUGGCGCGGCGCUGGAGGACCAGGACUACGAGCGCGCAGUGCAGACACUGGAACCACUGGAGCUCACACCGGAGACGGAGGCGCAAUGGAUGCAGCUGGCAGACCAGGCACUAGCCAACAACCAGCUGGUCAUUGCAGAGCGCUGUUAUGCGGCCCUGGGCGACAUUGCGCGUACGCGUUUCCUGCACAAAGUGGUGAAAAAGGCAACGCUAGCUGCAAAGGAACUGGGCGGCGAUGGCACCGACAGCUGGUCUGUGCGUGCCAUGAUGGCCAUGCUCAACAAGCAGUGGCCUGUAGCGGAGUCGCUGCUGCUUGCGCAGGGCAAGGUGGACGACGCAAUCACUAUGUACCAAGAUCACCAUCGCUGGGAGGACGCCAUCCGUGUGGCGGAGUCGGCGCAUCACCCUAAUGCAGCCUCCAUCAAGCAGCAGUUCCUGCAAUGGCUGCUGGAGACAAGCCAGGAAGAGCAGGCGGGAGCGGUAAAGGAGCGCGAGGGCGACUACCUGGCCGCCAUUGGGCUGUAUCUAAAGGGGGGUCUGCCGGGCCGUGCGGCCCAGGUGGUCAUGAGCGUGCACAAUCUUAGCUGGGACCCCGCGCUGCUGGACUCGAUUCUGGCGUCACUGGCCAAGGCGGGCCUGUACGAGCGUGCUGGCGAACUGUACGAGCAUAUGGGGCGCAGCACGGAGGCCAUGCAGAGCUACCGGCGCGGACACGCUUACCGCAAGGCCAUCGACCUGGCGCGGAGGGAGUUCCCCGCGGAGGUUAUCACCAUCGAGGAGGAAUGGGGAGACUGGCUGGUCACCCAGAAGCAGAUGGACGCCGCUAUCAACCACUUCAUCGAGAGCGGAGCGACGCUCAAGGCCAUCAAGGCUGCCAUUGACUGCCGCCAGUUUGCCAAGGCAGCGGGCAUCAUUGAAGUGCUGGACCCCCGCGAGGCCAUGCCGUACUACCGGCGCAUUGCGCAGCACUAUGAGACGACGGGCGCGUUGGAGGAGGCGGAGCGCUACUACAUUCGGGCAGACAUGGCUCGCGAAGCGGUGGAGAUGUACAGUCGCAAUAACAAGUGGGAGGCGGCGCAGCGCGUGGCGAGGGGUUAUCUCACCGAGUCCGAAAUGCGCGCGUUCUACCGUGCCAAGGCCGCCGAGUUCGAGGCCGCACACAAGCUUAAGGAGGCGGAGAAAGCCUACCUGGCUGCCGGCGGCGACGAUGUGGAUAAGGCUAUAGCCAUGUACAAGCGUGCCAAGAUGUACGACCACAUGAUUCGGCUGGUGACGCAGUACCGCAAGGAGAAGGUGCCGGAGGCCCAUACCCUGAUUGCUCAGCAGCUCGAGGUGGAGGGUAACCUGCGGGAGGCCGAGAAGCAUUUUGUGGAGGCCAAGGACUGGAAGAGCGCCGUGCAGAUGUAUCGGCAGGCCAACCAAUGGGAGGAUGCGCUGCGAGUGGCCAAGGGUUACGGCGGUAUCAAUGCCUCCAAGCAGGUGGCCUACGCCUGGGCGCUCACAUUGGGCGGCGACGAGGGCGCCCAACUGCUCAAGAAGAUGGGUCUCCUUGACCAGGCCAUCGAGUACGCAGUGGAGAGCGGAGCCUUCGCGCAGGCAUUCGAAAUGACCCGCGCCGGUGCCAAGCACAAGCUGCCCGAGGUUCAUCUCAAGUACGCCAUGUUCUUGGAGGACGAGGGUCGCUUCCAGGAGGCAGAGGCGGAAUUCAUUGCGGCAGAUAAGCCCAAAGAGGCAUGCGAUAUGUACAUGCACAACCAGGACUGGGACGCCGCCAUGCGCAUAGCGGAGCGCUACGACCCCACCAUGGUAUCGGAAAUCCUCGUGGCGCAGGCGCGAGUGGCAAUGGAGCGCAAGCAGUGGCUGCCAGCUGAGGGCCUGUUCAUCAAGGCCAAGCGGCCCGAGGCGGCGCUCAAGAUGUACCGCGACGCGCGCAUGUGGAACGACGCGCUUCGUGUGGCAGAACAAUACCUGCCCACCAAGGUGGCGGAGGUGCAGAUGGAGCUGCUCAGUGGCCAGGGUUCGGGCGGCGGCGGCCCCGCGGCGCCCUCUGCAGACGCCGUCAUCAAUAAGGCUCGCGCCUUCGAACGCAACAACGACUAUGCGCGCGCCAUUGAGGCCUACUUGUCGCUCACCGCACAGGACUCGACGAAUCACGAUCAAUUAGAACACUGUUGGGAGCAGGCCGCCCAGCUGGCCAUUAACUAUCAGCGCCACCGCAUGAAAGACGUGGUCAACACGGUCUCUGAGCGGCUGCAGGACAUUGGCAGACACCAAGCUGCAGGAGAGCUGCACGAGAGCAUUGACGACUCGCAGGGCGCCAUCCGCGCGUACUGCGCCGGGAGCCUGUGGGACAAAGCCCGCUCGCUGGCGGGCAACAACCCCACGUUCGUACGCUACAUCGAGGACCAGUACAACAGUCACCUCCUGCGGAACCAACAGGCCGACGAGCUCGCCAGCCGUGGAGGCCACCACGCGCAGCAGGCCAUCGAGAUGUUUAUGGCCCGCGACGAGUGGUCCAAGGUGCACGAGCUGGCGGCGCAGCAAGGCCCCGAAGUGGCAGCCAUGUAUGCGCUCAAGCACGCAGAGAAGCGCUUCAAGCAAGGAGACUACGCACAGGCUGCUGCCGUGUUCGCGCAAUACGGCAUCACCGCCAGCAUGCAAUAUUUCGAGCUGUACCGUUCCAUAGCGCAGGGCGUGUUGCACGCCAACCAGGCCGACCGCAGCCUGGCGGCGGAGAAGGCACUGCGCGACAUGAUGUACCGGCUGGUGGCGUUGCUACGCACCGGGGGAGGGGCCAACAAGUACAAAGCCGAUACAGAGGCGUUCCAGGGCUACUACCUGGCGGCGCACUACCUGUACACCGCGGCAUUGGCCAAGGAGCAGGGUCUUAAGGAGAUUGCAGCCAUGUGCAUGACCAGUGCACUGAGAUACGUGGGCAAUGCGAUUCCUGCGGACAGGGCGUUCUACGAGGCGGGCUUGGCCUGGUACGAGGCGGGCCGCAAGAACAUGGCCUUUGUAAUGCUCAACCGCUUCUUGGACCUCAGCGACGCGAUGGAUGAGCCUGACUCAUCCGCUGCCGUCAUAGAGAAUGCCGACUUCGCCGACACCGACAUCCCUUACGAUUUCACCAUUCCGGAACGGCCCUAUUGCUCGGAGGCGCAGCGCGAGGAGGUCCGCAACCUGGUUCUGGAGAUCUCCAUGGACCGCACUACGGAGCAGGUCCUCUCGCUGCGUGCCUGCGAACACUGCGGCAAGGGCACCUACGAGGCCAACCUCACAUGCCACUUUUGCAAGAAGAAGUAUGACCCGUGCGUCGUGACGGGCUACCCCAUACACUCUUAUGACCGCGUGAUAUUCAAGGCUAACGGCCCCGAGCUCAACGCCAUUCGCGACCACUGGAAUAAGUGGGUGGAGACGUUAGGCACUGACCCCGUCACCGGAAUGCAAGCGGCGCCGAUGUACUGAGAAGGCUUAUGGAUGAGGGUCCACGUGAUGACGGCCGGCAUGGAACCAGCGGGGCAGGAGGUCGCUUGGCGCUGCUUGGGUGGGGACGGAGGUGAUGGCAUAGCAGGGCUCGGGCAGAGCUGCUUUCCUUGCGCACACCAGUUCAGGGCCACGUUACAGCGGCAGCUUUAGCAGCAUGCCUAGGCACGGUUCUUGCAAGUGGUUGGGGUGUGCUGCGCAUCUAGUGGCGGGCUAAGAGCGGCUGCAUGUGAGGGCAAAAGGGGCAGCUGGGGUUGGGGUUAGGGCCAGGCCAGGCCAUGGUCGCCCUUCUGUACAUAUCAAAUAAUUUUAAUAGACCGACUU